AUGGUGAAUAACAUCAAAUACCCACCACUAAAUGGCGGGAAACAUUACGACCUGCUAACUAAUCACGUGGGUUAUAAUCGAAAUGAAAUGGAGGCUGUUAUUCCCAAUGCAACUUACGUCACUGUAUUACGUCAUCCUGUGAAUCAGCUUGUGUCCGCUUUCAGCUACUUCCGGUGGGGAAAGGCUAUCAAAGUACCUCGUCCCAAUAAAGAAGAUGUAAUUGACACGUUCAUGGAAGAACCAUCGAAAUAUCUAAAAGGAAACGUAAGGUUAAAAUGGCAAAGCCACAAUGGGCAGCUCUAUGACCUUGGAUUCAAAACAGAGAAUAAUGUUAUAACAGAUGACCUAGUCUACAAACACAUUGAAAUUCUGGGCAAGGAGAUGGACCUCGUUCUCAUCACAGAAUACUUUGAUGAGUCUUUACUGAUAAUGAAGAAACAAUUGUGUUGGAGUAUGGACGAUAUUGUUUACAUCUCUAAAUGUUUGGGUACUUCACGACAUACAAUGACGCAACAGACACGUGACAAAAUCCUAAAAUGGAAUAGGGGAGAUUUGCUACUUUAUCAGCAUUUCAACAGAACACUGUGGGAGAAGAUAGCCGAGUACGGACCUACGUUCGAGGAAGACUUACAACAGUUUCGGGGUAAACUGCAAGAAACAUUGACAGAGUGCGUUGACCCAUCAAAGAUGAAUACUAAAGAUCGACGGGAACGAAAAUAUGUAUUGAAAACUAAUGCAUCUAAGGAAUGUGUGGAAAUGUCGUUUGAAGACACUCAUUACACUAAUAUUAUACGAACAAGACAACUCAACUAA